AUGUUCAGAAGUUUGUCCCGCCGGGACGAGAAGGAUGUGCGGAAGGCACUUUGCUGCAUGUUCUACUUAAGGGUGGAGCUCACCCUGAGGAGAACGUCAGAGUUCUUGAUUUUCUUACUAGGCGAGGCUCGAGUUCGCUUGGAGGAAGACCUCGAGGAAGGAGAGCGUUUGGCCCGAAUGCACGGUGAAGUGCAACAAACAGCCAUCGUGCUUGUAGAGAAGCUCCGGGCGAAUGACCAGGAGAUGCUUUGGAGCACACAAGCUGGUCUCGUCAUCUUGAUGCAGUUCCAACUUGGCGAUGCACGACUCUUCUUUGCCCGCCCUUCAUUGCAACAGAUCAUGCUCGAUGUUUGGCAAGGUGUCCGUCCAGACUACUUUCAACGAAGCUGGUGCAAGCAGUUGCAGGUCUGGAUGUGGUUGCUGCUGUAUGGCUUGCCCAACUUGUUGAUGGUCUUCCUUUGGGCAGUGGCACCUGGCCUCGAAGAGCACAUUCAAGAGGGAGUGAUCUCCGGUGCUCAAAAAGCCCGAGAAGACGAGACAUCAACAUGGAACAACAUCUUGAAGAAUCUUGGGGAGAAAGACUGGCCGUACAGGUUGGGAAAGAAGCUAUGUUGGGAUCCUGAAGACUUUGAGAAUGCAGUGCGAGAGAAAUGCCGUGAGCGCGUCUUCUUCGUCCAAUGCCGUGUGCCGCUGCUCAUUUCACGCUUCAGGAAAUGUUUGGCCAUCUUCACCAACCUUGCAUUCGCUGCUUAUUUGAUCGGAGAGGAGCCACGCCAGGCCAAUGUGCCGUUGGUGUUGAUCCUAAGUGCUGGUGCCUGGCUGGGUGAGGUGUCUCAGCUAUUGAGCUUUGCGAAUUCUGAUGCUGGGGCACAGAAUUCUUUUGCCUUUUGGUUUAUGGAUCGAGUGAACGUGAUGGAGUUGGUCGCCUUCACCUGUAUUGGAUGGACUUGCGUGCUAGUUUUGAUUCAGGAGGAUUGGACUGAGUUCGCACAGCAGUUCAAAGCCUUAGGCGUGCUCUUCCUGGGCAUUUCUCAGUCCAUGGCCAUUUUGCGCAUGAGUUCCGUCUUCGGCCCAUUGGUGUCCAUGACGAUGAACAUGAUCGUAGAUAUGAUCCAGUGGUGGAUGCUGCUCAUUCCCAUCAUCGGAUGCCUUGUAGCUGCUUUGAUCACCCUCUUCAAGACGCAGGACACGAAGUGCUUGCCGUUUGAGUUUGACUACUUCGAAGGACUGGCCCGGUUCUUCAAUGUCCCGAUUGGUCAGCAGUUUUCCUGGAAAUGUGACGUUUCCCCAGCAGAAUUCACUGGGCCACUCAUCAUGAUGCUGGGCAUGUGGAUGAUCAUGAUCCUCAUGCUAAACAUGCUUAUUGCAAUGAUGGCCAAGACCUUUGAUCGCAUCUAUGAGUCGGCCAUGGUGGAUUUUCAGUACCAUUUCAUUGGGAACUUGCUGCAGAUGGUGGAAGAGCCAGCGGUGCCACCCAUUUUGCGGAUGUUGGGCGUGCCUUGGAUGGUUUGCUCCACCUGCUGGCGGUGGAUCUCCAGAAAGAGGAGCGAGCUUUCUGAGAACAAUGGCACCGCAAGCCCGCAAGCUGUUUUGCUGCGCAACUCGAGCUUUCAUGCUAUGCACAAAGAGCAGCAACAAAGAGAUUCAGGUUUGAGAGAAGUCAUGAUCAGAGUUGAUACAGAUGGCAAACUCACAGAUCAUUACCAUUGUGUUGAUCUUCUCUAUAAGAGCGUGACAUCCUUCGUUUCAGAACACGCCUCGGACACACAGGUGCAAGAUGACCUCUGGCGGAAACAGAUGGCACAGAAGCUUUUUCUGAUGGAUAAGGAACUGAGAGAGACAAAGAUAGACACCAUGAACAAGCUCGACAAAUUGACUGAGCAAAUGGACGCGUUGCUUAGAAGCACUGCGAGACAAGCUCAACCCAUGACGAGCUAA